AUGAUAGACAUUUUUGCUGCUCUACACUAUUCAGAAGAGAGGCAAGUUACUUUUACGGUCUUUCAACUAGAAGGGGCCGCCCGUUCUUGGUGGAAUAUCAUACGAACCAAAUGGGAGAGAGAGCAGACACCAAGAACGUGGGUGAACUUCGUAAGGGAGUUUAACGCCAAGUACUUCCCGCCUUUGAUCCAGGAAAAGAAGGAAGACGAGUUCAUCCGACUUCGCCAAGGCACCCAAUCAGUGGCCGAGACGGUGAGACGUUUUAUUCAGGGGCUUAACGUGGAAAUCCAAAAGGACUUGGAUGUAGCCCAAAUCACUACUUUUAGUGAUGCAGUUGAGAAGGCUUUGCGAGCUGAGAACGCAAGGCUCCAAGUGAGGAACUUCCAGAGGAGUGCUUCCCAUGAGAGCUCAGCCACUGUUUCUCGUGGCCCGUGUGGUUUCUGUGGGAAGCUAAACCAUGCGGAGAACAAUUGUUGGAGGAAAGAGAGGAAGCGCUUACGCUGUGGGAGCGCGGAGCACCAGAUCGCCAAUUGUCCGGUCCAAUCUCGAGAGAUAAUAGGGACUACGCAAUCAUCGAAGGCUACCUCGGAACAGUCGAAAGUGGAAGGAGUGAAACCGAAGGUGCCUGCUCGGGUGUAUUCUGUCGAGCAAUGCCAUGUCCCUGAUUCGGCGGAGGUGGUGGAAGGUACGAUUCCUGUCUUCCACCGUCUAGAUAGGAUUUUGAUAGACCCCGGUGCCACCCAUUCCUUUGUUAAUCCUGAUUUCUUGUGUGGAAUUGAUAUCACCCCUGUUAGUUUGCUAUAUGAUCUAGAAGUAAGUACUCCUACGGUGUGA